AUGGCGAUCUGUACUUAUAACGCACGUACUCUUGCAUCGGAAGCGGCCAUCGUAGAUCUGGUGAUGCAAGCCAAGAAGAUCAAGUACGACGUCAUCGGACUGACCGAGACGAGACGACGUCACCCUCUCAACGCCGUAUAUGAAACUGGAGAAGAACUGUUUAUAGGAACAUGCGACAGUAGAGGUGUUGGUGGAGUUGGCGUCCUCGUCAACACGAGAACGGCAAAGAACAUCGACUCUUUCGAAGAACUUACGACCCGAAUCGGACGUCUGCGGAUGAGAAGAUGUGGCCCAAGGUCAUAA